GGUAGUCAGUUGAGUAUCCUCCGGGCAAACAAAUUUAUCCUUCAGUACAAGAUAUCACUACAAACAGCGGAUGUAAUGCUAGAAGGAGUCUUUUUACACGAUCAAUGAGGUGUUUUAUGCAUACUCCACACACAGUUAGCCAUGGCGUUUCCUGUCGGUUCAUCAGGUAUUUUGAGUACCCUAGACCCAGAUCUUAUCGAGGACGGCAGAGCUGACAUCUACAAAUGGAGUGAAACUAGGCGGUCCAAGAGAAAAGGAUUUAAAGGGAAACUCUACCAGUUUAAGAAAUUGUUCAUUGACAAAAGUAUUUUACGUACUUUUGUAUACAACCUUACAGUUAUCCUUUUUCUACAAAUGGUUUUAGCAGGUUUACCCAAAGAGUUUUUAAAAACUGUAAAUAACAAGUUGAAAGGUCUGGUAUUGAAUAUCAAAGAAUUUUUGUUAACGGAAAAACAUAUCAGGAGGAACUUUAUUCUCUCAGUUAUUUAUGAGGAUUUAAGUGACAUAAGCCAGCUGAAUGACAAGAUGAGAGUCUCAAGUUUGCCACACAAUGAACCUUUAAUAACCAGACUAAUUCACUAUCACAACCUCAUGUGUCACGCAUUUGAAAGACUGCGCGUAAUCAGGGAAUACCGAUCGCCACGGACCAUCCGCUCCUUCACCAAAGUGUUUAUCUUCCUUAUGCCCAUCGUUCUCUCUCCGUACUAUGUUCAUAUGGGUAUCAAGUCGGGUAACACAUGGAGCCCGUAUUACAUUGCUGUGCUGACAUCGUUCAUAUUUGGAACAUUACAAGGAGUUCAAGAUGUCUUAGAUGAUCCAUUUGACGGCAUUAGUGAGGAUGAUAUUAACCUUGGACCGCUGGAAGACUGGACGUGUCAAUCGCUCCUCACAGAUAGAACAAUUACAGUCGGCCGCUUUACAGUGACAACAAAAGGACAGGAGGGCAGGAAAAUGGAGCUUAGUGAUAUUGAUGAGGACGAGGGACGAAGUCCCAUGCCCUCUCAUCCCGUCAAGGUGCCACAUAAACGAAAGUCUAUCCUGAGAAAACCGAGCUUUCGUAAAGAGGAGCACUGUGAAAACUUUGCUCAGGCCCAUCGAACAGCUCCCCUCUAUCCGGCAGCCGCUUCUCGCAUAGAGGAUCUGACCCGUCGUGGGCUCACCGGAAGCACCACGAUUCUUCCGGGGAUGAAGUUAAAGAGAUCUAACAGCGAUACCUUAAUGGCGAACGCCUCGAGCGCGUCGCUUGACCAGGAGUUUCGUAGAGCUCAAGAAGCAGACGGAAGUGGACGGGAUUCAAAGAGGGUGACGUUCUUGACUGAAAGUCGGGAUUUGUAUGAUGGCGACGAUGAAUCUGAACAUGGUAACAGCGUUUUCGUUUCCACCAGGAGUCUCUCUGAUCCGCCAAAAUAUUCGCGACCAACUUGGAGGUCAGAUGAGAGCGAACCGUUGAUCUUGCUGGACAGUAGGUCUGGUUCUUCCGACAUGGGAACUAGUGCUCUUAACACACCUGAUAGGGAGAGAAAGAACCUUGGUUUAGAUUUCUACGAAGGACUUAAUAAGUCUCCUGGUACAAGCUUAGUCGAUGCUCGUAAGGUUAAAAAACAUAGCAAUCCACCUCUAGCGAAUUUGUUUUCGGUAAAUUCGGUUGAGUCAGCUGAUUGUGCUGACGGACCAGUUCCUCCUAAGCCAAGCCAACCAAUAUCAAUGCCUUCAUCCUUACAAAACUUAUUUGGUUCACCCCAAAAUCAGAAGCUAGAGAAACCCCCCUCUGGUAGCAAGUCAUUUUCCUCUGAAAGACCACGUCCGUUCGCUCUUCCGAUGUCUCCCUUGGCACGUGAAGAGAGUUCAUCUAGUUCUCGUUCUUUUCCUGCACCUCGGGUCAGCUGCUCGGCUCCAUGUUCACCAGAACAAGAAAGACGGAACUCCUUCCGACAAAUUUCCGAUCCAGUGACCCCUUCACAUGAAAAUGCAGCCGUGCUUUCUUCAAAACCAAGAACUCGCCAGCGGAAAACAUCAGCAAAUAUUCCGCUCUCAAAAAAUUCCGGCGAUUCACCAUCUGGAAAUUCCAGAUUUGCGGUUGAUACCACAUCACGGACUCCUACGGUGCAAGAAGCGGAGUCAUUGUUGUCACCUUCCAGAAGAAAAUCGUCAUCCGGAAGUUCAAGACUGUUGGUUAGCCCUGAUCCGCAGGCCCCUGCGGUAAACAAUUCAGCGCAAGUUGCUCAGGCUCCUUUGGCAGAUGAAAAUUUUUCAAUAGAAACCCCGGCACCUUCUAAACCUGUAAAUACGCCGAUAUCGAGGUUCAAUGUUGCAAAACGAUCAAACAGUGUUAUUGAUUCUGAGAGGGAAGACAAACCCCUUGUGUCGUCGAAUAUCCCAAAUUACGGGUUGACGGACUCCUCCCCUCCUCCGUCAAGAUUCAAAGUAAACAGUCCACAAAAAAUAUCACAAGAGACUAAGCAACAGAGCGAGGAUGAAGAGGAACCGGAUUCGUUUCAACUCUUAACUGUUGAUGGUGGUAGUACCGAGGUUUUCAUUUAGUACCGUAAGGAGUCAAGUACUAGUCAAACGAGAGAUAAGGGCCCAGUCUAAGUUCUUGGAUUGGGAUCAAAAUAUACGGCAAGGCCUAGGUCGGAGAUCCAACGAAAGUUUUGUUAAACGCUGAUCUUGAAUUCUUUCAAGAGGAUUACAACGUGCUUCGUUUCCCAGUGUAGAGGGAAAAAUUUCUCAGUGACCUCUGAUUCCUCAAAGUCGUGCGAUUGCACUGUUUACUCAUCACAGGGGUGAACUGAAAGUUUUUUCUUUCUUCUCCCUUCCCUUCCCUUCCCCACCCCCCCCUUCCCCACCCGUGGGGAGGUUCAUUAGAGCGUUAAAGACAUUUCACCACAGGCAUUGAUUUGAUUCAGGUUGAAAUCACUCGGAGAUGGUUAUAAUAAUUACCGGUAGUCAUCAGUUAUUUUGUUCACGAAAGUUUUUUAAAUGAAAUUGUUGCCAAACCUGAUUUGGGAUAUUGUGAUGUUUUUUUGAGAGGUUUAUUUGGCCAAAAGUUGUGAGAUGACUGUGGCAUCAGCUGAUGUUAAAUAGUUACGAAUGCAAAUUCCAGUCAGAUGUUCAUGCAGACAUGUUUUCCUUUUUUAGGAGUCCAAUAAGAGCAAUAUAGGAGAUAUUUUUUUGUACUUAAGCUUUUCCAAACUAUUUUCUUAAUUUCUUCGAGAAGGUGGCUAUUUCGGCUUGAAGUUGUAAUAAAACAUAAAGCUAAAAGUUAACCCGGCCAUCUGUAAAGGUAUUCAACCUACGGCCAUCUUGUUCCUAUAGCGACUGGAAGAAACAUCGGCUUGUAGCGAGAAAUGUCGAUAUUUCUGAUUACUAAUCAUUGUGCAAAAUGA